UUUAGAACCAAGCUUUAUUUAUUUAUUUUUUAUUUUAAAAAAAUUCUUUUAUUUCUAAAGUUCUAAAGUAACCCGAACCAUCCUAAAAAAAAUAACCCGAACCAGCCGUGUUUAAAAAACAUUAAACAAGAAGCAACCAUAGAUCUAAUUACUAUCGAUUUCAUUUCUAGGGUUCCUGAGCAUUCAUAGUCGCCGUUGCAACUAAAUCGAAAUGGCUCGGAUCAAAGUUCAUGAAUUGAGGCAGAAAACGAAGGUAGACCUGUUGUUUCUGCUCAAGGAUCUCAAAGCUGAGCUCGCCCUCCUUCGUGUUGCUAAGGUUACAGGAGGCGCACCGAACAAGCUUUCCAAGAUUAAGGUGAUGAGAUUGGGGAUCGCACAAGUAUUGACGGUGAUGUCUCAGAAACAAAAGUCGGCAUUGAGGGAAGCUUACAAGAACAAGAAGUAUUUGCCUCUUGAUCUUCGUCCAAAGAAGACCCGUGCUAUUCGUCGCCGUCUAACUAAGCACCAGGCAUCUUUGAAGACCGAAAGGGAAAAGAAAAGGGAGAUGUACUAUCCUAUGAGGAAGUAUGCCAUCAAGGUUUAGGCUUAGGCAAUCCUUACUAGAGGUUGUUCAGAUGUUUGUUGAUCAUUUUAAAGUGGCUUAUGACAAAAGAUGGUUUACUGGCUUUUGAUUUUGUGUUAGGAGCUUUUUAUAUAUUCAUAUUCAUAUUCAUAAGUAGCAAUGUGAUUGAUUUAUGACGAAUUGUGGAUAUGGAUACAUUCUUGUGUUUUUUGAGUAAUUCUUCAAACGGCAUAGCAAACUAGUUUUGUUUGUGAUAUACAUGGAUAUAAGGGCUUAAUUUCAUCCUUAAUUA